UACUGGAAACCCUAAUGGGGGCAGGGAAUGUGCGGGCUGUAAAUGGUGCUUUAUUCGGCCUGAUUGGGCUGGCCCACUCCCCCUGUUGCUUCUCCAUUGGCCCAAACCGACAUCAAUCUGUUGUUUGCAGGUCCCCCUCAAGUUUGAAACUUUUUUACAAGUAGGAGGGAGGAGGAGGAAUCGGGUUACAACAAACUCUUGUAACCGAUCUCGCAGCAACCGAGAGAAGAAAACACUCUUUCAAUAAUUUACACAUCUGCGCCUGAUACACGGUUUCAGAACAGAAGGCAACAGCAAGAGGAGGACGUGUUAUUUUCCUUAUCGAGAUCCAACAAAACAAGCCAACAAACAUGCAGUGAAGCGACUUUUCCCUGCUCUGCCAGGAUGUGAAGACCUGAGAGAUUUUUGUUCAGAUUACCUUGUCUUCUUGUAGGCUGACAGUGUGCCACUGAGCAGAGAGAAAGACUCAACCAUGGACUCCUUCAGUACCAAGAGCUUGGCCCUGCAGGCGCAGAAGAAGCUAAUGAGCAAGAUGGCCACAAAGAGCAUGGCCAGCCUCUUCAUCGACGACACCAGCAGCGAGGUGCUGGAUGAGCUGUACCGCGUCACCAAGGAGUAUACCCGCAACCGGAAAGAGUCCCAGAAGAUCAUCAAGAACUUGAUCAAGAUGGUGGUGAAGCUGGGAGUGCUCUACAGAAACAACCAGUUCAAUGGCGAGGAGCUGAUCCUGGUGGACAACUUCAGGAAGAAAGUUCACACUCUGGCCAUGACGGCGGUCAGUUUCCACCAGAUCGAGUUCACCUUUGACCGCCGCGUCAUGAGCGCCAUUUUGAAUGAUUGCCGUGAACUGCUGCACCAGGCCAUCAAACGCCACCUGACAGCCAAGAGCCACUCGCGGAUCAACCACGUGUUCAAUCACUUCGCCGACUGUGACUUCCUGGCCACUCUGUACGGGCCCUCCGAGGUUUACCGUGUUCACCUGCAGAGGAUCUGCAACGGGGUCAACAAGAUGCUCGACGAGGGCAAUCUCUGACCUCUGGUGUCCUCAUCAUCUGACGCCUUUACCUCUAGUCACCCUCUCGUGAACCACCAUGCAGCAUUUCUUUUCUCUUUUUGAGGUGACAAUGAUGAACAUGUUUUUUCUUCUUAUGCCGCUCUGUGUUGUGUGCCUUCAGCCAUUACUGUAACACUGAAACUCUCUCUGCUAGUUUGUCCAAAGUCAGAUUGUUUUGUUAAUCCACAGCAGAUGUUUUAUUUUGAAUGAAUGUAAAACUUUAAGCUCUUAUCAGUUCAUACUGGAGUAGGAGCCUUGACAACUGUGCCUUAGGAAAACAUAUUUUUAUCUUCAUUCCAAGGGCAGUUUGCUUGCUCUCUUACUCAAUCAUAAAGACAUGAAUCCAGGCACAGGCCUUCAGUUUUAUCUGUGAGGUGCUUUCAAUGGACAAAUGGUUUUGGGAGCACCUGAAAAGGAACUGAAUUUCCAUCUUUUCCAAAUACCCAAGGGCAUAAAGAAGUGAUUGUUUUGUUUGUUUGUUUCUUAUCUGUAAGUACUAUUGCACUCAAUCCUGAACAAGCGCUGUACUGUACCUCCCUCAUACAUGAAACUAUGUGAAGCACGACAGUUAAGUAAUCCUGCUUAUCCUGCAUUUCCCAGCUCCCAGCAUCAUGCACUGAAGUCCACUUUGUAGAGAGGCCAGGCUUUUGUUUAGAAGGCACCUAUAAACCUAGUUUUACUCAUAAUAGCCUGGUUUAUAGCCACCACAUCAAAGAUGAAGUAUUUGGGUCAGAGUGGGACUAUAAACAUAAAGGAAUUUGAUUGUGCUUUGCAUUGUUGACUCGACUGUCUCGCUGGCUGUACGCUUAUCUGCUAUGACAAACUUUUUUUUAAUGUCUAUAAAUGUCAGAAUGACAGCAGGGCGCAGCACAAUGAAGCAUCAGGUGCAAAGGUUGCCCUGUCAGGUUGUCCGAAGGGAAUUAAGUGAGAGUACAGCAGAAAUACUCAUCACAAUAGAUGUUUGAGCCUAGGGUCAGCUGUGUUUUAGGUUUAUCGGCAUUGCCAGGGGUUUAUCCAUAAAAGCACAACAACUGUGGUUCAAAUUCUGACAGAUCUGGACUAAAAAGACUCCCCAUGAGCAGUCAGAUGAAAGGCUGGACCAAAACUGCAGCUCUGUAUCUAUGAAAAGGACCAGGCAGGGUAUAUAGAGAUUAGAGCAGAGACAAAUGCAGUACCUGAUUGUACUCUCCCUCUGCAAUUAUAGCUCCACACUCCGGGGUGGUAUAAUGGCCCGGAGCCUGCCUCUGUCGAGCAGCUUCUCCAUUUCAGCAAACAGCAGCCUCAUGUAAUGUGAUGGAGAUUACCAUCACUGUUUGUGAGAUGCAAGUCCUUUUAAUGGAGUGAAAGAUGUUGUUGUGUUUCUUCCUUAUAAAGGAGCAUAUGAAUAGUUACUACUUUCCCUCUCUAACCUCACAUAAUAGCUGUCUUUCCUUUUUGUCUAUGUGUUUUUGUAUCACUGAGCCUGUCUGGGAGAUUGUUUUGUGCCGCGGCCUCAUUUUAUAUUCUGUGUGUGUGUGUGUGUGUGCGCGUUUGAGUGUGUGUUUGUGUGCGUACCUGUGAGAGAAUUGGAAAUUGAGCCGUGUAAUAAGCGCUGUGCUUUUCCAGAUAGGAUUGCUGAAACUUUAACUUCAUCCACAGCAGCUCUGCCAAAGAAAAGACUGAUGACACUUCAAAUACGGUCUCUUUCCUGGGGAACAUUUCAGAAAAACAGUAUGCACUUGAUGAUUACAACUCUGCUUAUGGUGUAAAUGAAGACAAAGGGGAUGGCUGUCGCAGAUUUCCUUUUUUUUGUUUGUUUUUUUUAAUUCUUCGAUGACUUUCCUGAAUUUGUCAGACCCUUUUAACCCCAACUGCACCAUUUUUAAAGGCUUCAAAGUAAAUCCUUUUUCCUAAUUCCCCCAAAACAGUUGACUUUAAUUGUCUUUGGAUGUCAUUUUCUCCAAUCCCUCUACAUCUCAGGGUUAGUUUAAAUCUCCUUCGGUUUAAAAUGCAUGACACACUUUGCAGGAAUCACCACAAACCUCUGCAGCAGCCCCACUUGUUUUUCUGAAGUCCUUUAAAUUGAAUAUACUGAUCUUGUUGCUUUUUUACUCGUGUGAAUAAGGAAGUUUUUAUUUCAUUCAUGUAAAUUUGAUUGUUUUUGUGUCUCUGUAUCUAACCCAGGCACAGCAAAUAUAUUACAAAUAUACAUUUUUUUAAAGAA